CAGCCAUGCCUCUUCUGGAAGAGACCACUCUGCCACAAGACCACCCAUCUACUGUUCCCGUGGUCAUCAUAGGCAACGGGCCAUCAGGUAUUUGUCUGUCCUACCUGCUGAGCGGAUACAAGCCCUACCUAGAUACGGCAACUGUCCACCCAAACCCAAUACUGUACAGGAAGCUGCAGGAGACCAAGCACCUACCCAUCACUGAACAGGAUCUGGAAUAUUUGAGUGAAGGUCUUGAGGGGAGAUCAAGGAAUCCAGUGGCUGUGCUUUUUGACACACUGCUGCACCCCAAUGCUGAUUUUGGCUACGAGUUCCCCCCUGUCCUUCAGUGGAGGAGGGACAAGCAGCAACACAUCCCACAUCUGGUGCUGGGGAGGGCAACACCUGGAGGUGCUUGGCAUGCAAUGGAAGGCUCAAUGCUGACUAUUAGUCUUGGCAUCUGGAUGGAGCUUCCCGGCGUCAACUACAGAGACUUGGCCAAUGGGAAACGCAGGGAUGUAACGAGUGACAGAGCCACUCCAGAGGAGAUCUCAUCCUAUUACCGUAACUAUGUGAAGCUAAAGGGCCUGCAAAAGAAUUUUGUUGACAACACCUACGUGACCUCCGUCCAGAAACUCUGUCGGGGGCACGAGGGAGAAGGUCUGGAAAAUGGGCAUACUGAUCAAGGGGUGGGAGAUGGUGGGAAUGAGGGCUUUGAGGGAAAUGGAGUUGAGGGUGUAAACAAUGGAGGUGGGGGGGCUCUCUGGGAAGUCAGGGGAUACCAGCAGGUGCAGAACGACACUCACGUCCCAUUCUCUCUGUUUGCUGAGAAUAUAGUUCUCGCCACCGGUGCGUCCGAUUCACCGAUUCGAUUAGGUGUAGAGGGGGAGGACCUACCAUUUGUAUUCCACAGUAUCUCAGACCUUGGCCUCGCUGUAAGCCGGAGAAAGCUGGAUAUAAACUCUGAUCCGGUUUUAAUUGUAGGUGCUGGUUUAAGUGCUGCAGAUGCAGUUCUGUGCGCUUGCAACAGCAACAUUAGAGUGCUGCAUGCCUUUCGUAAGAGCGUAGACGACCCAGAUCUCAUCUUCAAACAGCUGCCCAAGACCCUGUACCCAGAGUACCACAAAGUUUACAACAUGAUGUGCUCUCAUGCCUACACAAAUGUGGCUCCCUCCUCUGCUACUAACAGACCACAGGCAGUUAGCAUUGCCUCUUCGGUAUGUGCCAAGAUGUGCCCAAAGCCCCAACUUGCCUCAGGUAACAUGGCUGGUAAUGCCAAUGUCAGCCUGUUUCCGGACUACACCAGUUUCCCCGAACACUGCGUGGUGUCCUUCCAGUCUGACAUGAAGUGUUUGCUGCAGGGGAAAAACUCCCUCAAGGCGUUCAAGAUCUCCAUGGUCCUGGUGCUUAUCGGGACCAACCCGAACUUAUUUUUCUUGAAGGGGCAGGGCCAGUACCUGAGUCAGGAUCCAACAAAACCCAUCUCCUGCAAGAAGAACCCCAUUGACAUCCACCCCUACACUUUUGAGUGUACCAAGGAGCCAGGUCUGUUUGCCAUGGGCCCGCUGGUGGGAGACAACUUUGUUCGCUUUUUGAAGGGUGGCGCUUUAGGCAUCGCCUCCUGUCUGCUAAAGAGACUCAAGAAGAAAGGGAAGCUCAUCAGCAAUGGAGGGAAUGACUUCAUUUGA